AUGGCCCGAACCUGCUGCUGCUCGCUCAUCCUCGUCAUCCUCGCUCUUGUCUACCCAAUCGGCGCUCCUAUUGCUCUCGGCAUCUCGCAUGCCUGGUUCGACUGCUUGUGGUGGACGGAUGCUAUCCUCGUCCUCGUCUCUCUCGGAAUCGGCGGCGUCCUAACAGGCUUAGUCCUCUUCCCUUGCACGUUCGCAAACGUGUGGAAGAUGGGCGUCGGAUACUUUGCUGCGGUCGCGCUCGCUAUCUUCGUAAUCUUCCAGGACUACCAAAAAGGCCGUCCGACCACCUCUUUCAACGAAUUGAGCAAACCUCCUUCGCCUGCUGGACGACGACGACGACGAGCUCGGUUGGCGGAUGACGAGGAGGAGCUUGCGACUCUCGGAGCAGGAUCGAGGAGGAUGGAGAGGGCGGCGAGCGAGACGAGUGAGGAGCGAGGAGGGUCAACGGAUGAGGAGAUCGAGGCGAGACGGUUGAAGGCGGCUCGGAGAAUGCGCGAGGAGACGCUGUGGCACGAGGCGACAGCCUGA